UUUUAGCAUAUCAUCGCAUCGACGUUGCCUUCACUAUCAGAAAAUAUAACUACGGCAAUAGAUAUGACGAAUCGUUUGGUGGCCGUAAUAAGCGGACUGACGCUGUUGAUCGGCUGGACUGUCAUCGUCAAGCCGGCGGAGUCCUGCCGCAUAUCCGAAUUCAUGUGCAAGUCGACCGGCCAGUGUGUUCAACUGGACGAGUACUGCGACGGAAAGUACGACUGUCCCGACAGGUCGGACGAACCACCGUCCUGUACUGCGUGCAAUAGGACUUAUUAUGGUGAGGUGGGAAAAUCUUAUCGACUGACUGUGAAGAAACUACAAAAAGAAAGACCAUUCCUGUGUCACUUGAGUUUCACCGCRASCGGACAAGAACAUGGAGACUUUGUGGAACUGAUUUUCGAGGAGUUCCGGCUGGGCACGCUCUAUCUGGGCGAGUGCAUCAGCGGCGAAAUGCAAAUACUCGAACUCGGACGUCCCUACGUGGGCGGGUCGUGGUGCGGUUACGGGCCGACGGACGGCGCCGCGCCCGCCGUAUACUACAGCGAGGCGGGCACAGUGACGCUCACGCUGCGGAUACCCGUGAGCGGACUGUACACGACGCUUCCGUUYGCGUUCGGGCUGAGGUUCAAGUUCUUGGACAACCGACAGGCGUCGGUGAGGCUGGGCACGGCGGGCGAGCCCAAGGAGCGCGGCGAGCUGGUGCCCGGCACGCACUGCAGCCGCAACUUCUACGAGUGCUACCGGAAGAAGUGUUCGCUGCAGUCUCCCAACUACCCGGGCAUGUACCCGCGGAACGUGACGUGCCGGUACACGAUCCGACAGAAAGUGGUGCCCAAGUGCAAGCACGCGAUGGUUUCAGUGACCCAGGGCAGGGGCAGCGCGAUACAACAGGCGCAUAGGUUGGGCGGCGGUGGUAGGGGGCAGCAAGGUGUGGAACCGGGCAACAGCAACGGGACGGCUAUCAUACGCGUCAACGACAUGUGCAGUGAGAACGAGGACCGGCUGGUGUUCCACGACGGGCCGUCCGAGGACGACCCCAUGCUGUUGCGGUAUUGCGGCGGGUCGGCACUUCCACGGGUGGUGGCCAGCGGGCCSGUCAUGCUGGUCGUGUUCAAAUCGUGGGUGCACAACUCGCCGGCCACGUUCUCGUGGCCACCGCCCGUGUCCCGGCUCCGGAGCUUCGAGCUGGACGUGCGCAUAGCGUUCGUCGACUCAGACUCACUGGACUACGCCAAGGGGCCGGCGUGCGAGUUCACCGUCAACGCGUCGGCCACGCCCAAGUCACGGCGCGGCGUGCUGGUCAGCCCCCGACACGCGGUUCCACCGAACAGCACGUGCACUUACAGGUUUCAGGGGCUGCCCGACGAUAGGGUGUGGAUGUACUUCGAGAGCUACGGCCACCGGAGCACCGGCCAUUUCCUCACGUUCAAGCCGUGUCCGACCCGUCUCCGGAUAUGGGACGGUGCCGGCACGCUGUUGGGAGAUCACUGUGACACGCCCAGGCUGUGCGAACACAUCGCCGUCGCUGACGCUUCGUCUUCUGCGUCGCCGAACGCCACACGUCCCAAGCGGCCGUGCACACUGGACGAGAGCUACCUGUCAAAGUCGCCCAGCGUCAUAUUGCAGGUGCACUCGGUACUGGGAACAGUUCUGGAACCKUUUGGAUUCCGGCUACACUACGAGUUCGUGGACAGCAGUGUGUACGACCGCGAGACCGACGGCCACGAAUGCGUCAUUGACUACAGAGUGCGCGAGUCGAUGGACCUGGCGGAACCGCGGAACGUAUUCCUGUACGGCCGGGGCGGCGCCAAGAGCGUGGACUGCGUAUACCGGCUGCAGGCRGAACCCGGUUACCGGUUACAGAUCGUGGUUCGCAACGCCUCGUUCGGGUCCCGCGAACGGCCACCACAGCCUAUCGCCAGGACGGURACCGGCAAGUACACGUGCCCACCCGGCGACAUSGGCCCCAGACUGGCGGUGAGCGAGGUGUUCUGGCGGACGGUGCGAGUGGAGCGCGGUUGCUUCUGCCAGAACUUCACGGAAGCCGCGUUGGGCACGCAACAGGUGACGUUCGACACGUCGUCUGACCGUGUGGAAAUCCAUUUCCACGUGCCCGGGCUGAGUGUCACCGACGACUUUGCCAACACSUACUUCAACGCGCACGUCCGCGUGUUCCGGUGGCCGGCGUGCCCGCGCAAGCAGUGGGUCCGCGGUUCCGGCGGCGAGAUCGAGCUUGCCUAUCCUCCGGAAGCGCGAGAAGACUUGCACUGCCGCGACGUUCCGUGGCUGCUGGAGGCCCGACCAGGCCACAGCAUGUUCGUGCAGACGUGGGGUCGCUUCCUCCCGGUCAACGAAUCCUCGGCGGCCGCGUGCCGGACCAGGAACCGGAUACUGCUGUACGCGAUCCGGCCGGACGUCCGGCUGGUCGGUAAUGUGUGCCCGUCGGAAGCGCGCGAAGGCCGCCGCGACACGCUGUAUAUGUUUUCGGACGAGUGGWCAGCGUUCGUGCCCGACGACCAGCAGAAUCCUAGCUUCAUGGUGGAGUUUGUGGCCCAGGACGCCGGUUCGAUGGCGUUCAAGUGGCUGGAGGUGUCCAAGCCGUCCAGACGCGCGCAAGCGACGUCGCCGUCCAAACGGAACCAGUCCGACGGCGGCGGCCCCCACCGCGGCACAGGUUGCGCGUACGGCUGUCCCGAGCUAGAGGCGUGCAUCAGCUCCACGCUGUGGUGCGACGGCCACCGCAACUGUCCGUCCGGCGUGGACGAGGCGGACCUCGAAUGCCAGACAAAGUGGCCGUCGUUCAAGGUGCUCAGGUCGUACGGGUUACCGGUGGUGGGCCUGGGCCUGGUGGGCGUCGUCUUUGCCGUGCUCGCGUGCCUCUACUGCCGCAGGGAACCGGAAUACAAACACUACGACGAACCCGAACAGGCCACCGAGAACACCACCAGAUCGUGUUCGACGAUCGCCUCCUGACAGCAGUCCUCGGUCGACACCGUUGACGUCGUCGACCGAGAAACGUGCGUUUGAAAACAACCACUCAUCUUGCUCAAUCUUGCUACACCGUCGUGUUGUUUGAUUUCUGUUAUUUUAUUACUAUCAUUUCAAACGUGUGUGCCGUGUGCUGCAUAUAUUCGGAUACACGACGUUCUGUCCACAAACGUAGGUGCCUUAAAUUAUGUUAUUAUUGUAAUACCGUAAGAUUAAUGUCCAACUGUUGAUGAGGAUUUAGAUAAAAUUCAUUGGUGGAAUUCGGGGGGGGGGGGUUGUUGUUGUUGAUUCAGGCAUUUGCCAUGMGAAUGAAUAAAAGAAAAAUUGUAAUAUUAUUACCUUUAAAAAUACUGUCGAAUAGUAAUAAAAGUAAUAAAUAUAAACGUGMUAUACUAUUGUAUAGAAUAUCUACUUGGCAAUAUAGAUAAAUAUUUGAAUAGAAAACAACCAUUGUGUUCCUCGAAGAGCGAUGARAACGCCAACAAACUGUUAUUAUAUUAUAAAUAUAAAUUAUGUUGCGAUUUCCGCCUAUGAGAUAGGUACACGUCAAAUGUCAACUAGUUGUGGUUUAUUAUUACAAGCAAAACAUAUUCAUCAAAAUAUCAUUACGCGCCUAAAGAGGAUUCCACUAAAUGAAAAAAGAGUAGGUACUUUUUCACAUAAAUUCACGGGGUAGUUAAUAUUGUAUAUUAUAAACAAUAUUCACGGCAAAUCAACUGUGUUCUGAUAGGUAACUAGUACAUACCUACCUAUAUUUUUUAUUCGUAAAACCAUUAUUAAUAUUUAUCGGUAAGAACAUAGACGGUUUCGACUUGCAUUGUAUAGACGGGAAUAGACACAACAGCGUGUUAAUAAGACCCCGAGAGAUAAAUUUAAAAUAAAAACUAAUAUAAAUAUUUUUAAACAAUUCUCAGCCAUUGUCUUUUCGAAUAUAGACCAAUGUUUAUGUAUUAUAAUAAGACAACUACAGAGUCCAAUAGUAAUUUCAGCACACUGUUUAGUAAAUAAAUGAAGAAUUAUUAAAUUUGCGCCAAAUUAAUGUGAUACUGCCUUGACAUUUUUUGUUAUUUAUAAUAUUUUAUUUACUAUUAUCACUAUUUCAAAUAGAAUUUUAUUGGAUCUUUGUCAAGCAGAUGAAUUUUUUUUUUAAAGAGGGUUUUAAUAUUUAAAGUCAAGCAAUCCCCAUCCAUAUAUAAAUAUUGUAAACAAUAUUAUAUACAUACAUGCACACAUAAUAUAAUAUAAUAUUAUUGUCAUUUAACAAUGUAUACUAGUGUUACCAUAGUAUUUAAGAAAAAGCACAAGUGUAAUGAUGUAUUCCUUUAGUUUAUAAUAAAUAAUAAUAAUAUGCACUGUUA